AUGGCUUCUCCAACAUCCAGUAGCGAACCCUCGGAUGUGCGGACUGAAUCUGCCUCUUCGCCUUUAUCGAGUAAUGGCGUCAUUGGAGAACCUGAAUUGGCAGGGAUUCCAGCUCGAGGGACUGGGAUCGUGCCCCUAGGAACGGUCACCACCGGCAGUGCGAUCGUGCGGACUGGUCGGAUUUUGUUGGCUCCUUUGCCGAAUGUAAAGCCAAAGGUGUGGCAGUAUACUGAAGAGCAGGAAGCGAAAACUGAGGAACUUCGAGCGUAUGCCAAGACGUUGAUGCUACCGGAGACUGAUGCAUAUUAUCCUAAUGAGGAGAAAUGGCUCGAGGAUCCCGGGUGCGCCGCGAGGUAUAUGAGGGCUAGCAAGUGGAGGCUCGAAGAGGCGAAGCGACGCAUAAAGGGGACACUUGAAUGGCGCCGGGAGUAUAAGCCCGAUAUCAUACCAGCGGAUGAGGUCAAGGAAGAAGCGCUCACUGGGAAGAUUAUCCUCAAUGGAUUUGAUAAUGAAGGAAGACCUAUAAUGUAUCUCCGACCAGGUAUGGAAAAUACGAAGGAAAGCCCAAGGCAAAUCAGACAUCUUGUAUUCCACAUAGAACGAGCGAUAGAUUUAAUGCCAUCGGGCCAAGAAUCUAUGGCGUGUCUGGUCGAUUACAACAGUACGACACUGCGAAACAGCCCUUCCAUCUCAAACGGGCGUAAAUUCCUGAGUAUUGUUCAGAAUCAUUAUGUAGAACGAUUAGGGAAGGCAAUCGUCGUGAACCUCCCUGCGCUUUUGAACUUCUUUUUUAAAGGGAUAUCGCCUUUUUUGGACCCUGUUACAAGAGAUAAGGUGAGAAAAUUCAACCCUAAUCUGCUAGACCUUUUCCCUGCAAAUCAACUCGAUGCUUCCUUACCUGGUGGGGAAUAUCAGUACGAAUACGACCAUGAAAUAUACUGGUCAAUGCUAUGUAAAAGAUGUGGCAUCCGACCCGACGGGAGCCGAUGUGAGCCUAGCACGAUCGAGGGCCCGGAGAUCGAGGUUGUUACGUCAUCGCCGAUGCUUCAGCCUUGA